CAGGCGUUUGGUCCUUCAGUCGGUCCAAGCACUUCAGGCGCUAAAUAUCGUAUUAAAACAAGCAAAAUUGCGUUUCCCAACCGGAGGAAGUACAGUGCAGUGAUUUAUAGAAAUUAAGCUUGGAAACAAUGGGGAAGCGAAUGAGAAAAGCGAGAUCAAUGUGCAGCUGUGCCUCUCCCAGAUCCUUGUACCUUACUCCUCACUCAAUUUUCAGCUGGUAUGAGGAGGAUGUAUGGACAGAGAUUGCAAAGUUUUUGGAUGGAAGAUCUUUAGUGAUGCUUGCAGUGACCUGCAAAUGGUUCAACCGCAUUAUGACAGAGGAUAGUGUGUGGAAAUAUGCAUGUUUGCGUGAUCUUCAGGUUCCUGACCCUGGAAAUGUUGCUUUCAAAUGGAUCAAACUUUACGCGACGGCUUUUGAUGGAAGUCACACAUAUAUGUUUCGUCAGCAAGAGAAGCAUAUUGAUUGGAUGCGCAUUGGAGCAUUCUUGUUCGACUCCCACACUGCUCUCCUUACCGAGAAUUUAAUGGGACUCCCGAGAACUCCCAAUGAAAAGACAACGGAGAAAAUGUUGCAGCAAGAAGGCUGUUGUCUGUUAAACAAUAUGAAAACUGGAAUUUGGAUAGCUGACUUGCAGCUGGUUCGAUGUCCAGUUUGUGACCUUGAUUCGUGUGAUGGAACGAUGCAAACCUUAGAUGCAAGACACAUUGAGCUCUUCCUAAACGAAGGAUACCUAAACGGGAGCUGGGACUAUCAUACACUAGGAUCCCACGACGUCAACAAGCAGACAGAUGGGGCUUCUGGCGGAAUUUUCGACUUUGAACAUCUCCAUGAUCCAUCCACUUCAGAUAUCUUCGAUCUCAAGUCAUGGGUGGGAAAACGAAAUGACUGGCAACCAAAAGCGAUGAUAACUCUCCAUGCAGUUGCAGUGAACACCAAUUUGCAAGAGAAUGAAGGUCUUCAGAUUAAAUACCAUGCUAUGAGGGCUGGAAAAGACGGCGAAGUCGUAUCGAUUCGCAUAUCCCAACAGCUUCUUUAGU